AUGGAUAGCACAGAUGAACCUCAGAAAAAAGUCUUUAAAGCACGAAAAACAAUGAGAGUAAGUGAUAGACAACAACUUGAAGCUGUCUAUAAGGUUAAAGAGGACGUGUUGAAGACAACUGAAGUUAAACUGUUAAAUGGAAAGCAUGAGAAUGGAGAUUCUGAUUUAAAUUCCCCUUUAAGCAAUACAGACUGUAUGGAGGACAAGAGGGAAGUUAAUGGCCUAGUGGAUUUGUGUGUUGACUCUGAAGGAGGAAGAACAGCUUCUGAUGAAAUUAGUGAAGACAAAAGCCCUGAAAGUAGGGCAGGGAACAUAGUCAAUGACAUAGAACCCAAACCUGUAAUGCUGUCUCCAGAAAAUGUUAAUCCUGAGAAAGAUAAAGGUACUGAUACUGCUUUAGCUUGUGAGGCUGAAAAUGGAGUGCUUGGUAGCAAUAAAGAUAACUUCCAUGAAGAAAAUAAUACAAAAGAUCAUGUGGACCAAAGAGAGGGUGACAUCCCAUCAGAAGGUGAAAGUAAAUCAAUUUGUGAUGUUAAUGACUCUUCAGAAGAAAAGGGAGAAACAAAUGACUUGACUAUUAAUUCCAAUUUAUCUGGUGAGGAAAAGAAGGCUGAAGAAGUAACUGUUGAUGAUGCUGUUGGAGAAGCAGCCAUUUCUAGCAGUAUGGAAGCUGACCAGGAACCAAAGGACAAACAAGACUGCACUUCAGAUCUUUCAGAAACCACAGUUCAGAAGACAAUAGAUGAGCCAAGUGAAAGUAUCUUGGACAAUACUGACUCUAUGGAAACAGAUGAAAUUAUUCCAAUUUUGGAAAAACUAGCCCCGGCUGAAGAUGAACUGAGCUGUUUUUCUAAAAGUUCUCUGCUUCCAGUGGAUGACACAGUCACAGAUUUAGAAGAGAAAAUAGACAACUGUUUGGGUUCACCAUCCAAACAGGAAAGCAAUGAAAGUCUGCCAAAAGAGGCUUUCUUAGUACUGUCUGAUGAAGAGGAUCCCAAUGAUGAGAAGGAGGAACGUGCUGAAGUGAUACUACCAAACAAGUCAAGUUUUCCAGAAGAGGUGGAAGAGGAGAGAAGAAAGGAGAGUGAGGGGGAUAAAGAAGGAGAAGAGGCCCACAAAGAAGAGGAGAAACACACAGAGAGAAGUGAAGCAUCAAGGAGAAAGCGUUCCAAAUCUGAGGACAUGGACAAUGUUCAUUCUAAGCGUCGUCGGUACAUGGGAGAAGAUUAUGAAGCAGAACUCCAAGUAAAAAUUACAGCCAGAAGGGAUGUUGACCAAAAAUUACAAAAGGUUAUCCAGAGACUGUUAGAAGAAAAACUUACUGCUUUACAGUGUGCUGUAUUUGACAAGACUCUGGCAGACUUGAAAACCCGAAUAGAGAAAGUAGAAUGUAAUAAGAGGCAUAAAACUGUGCUUACUGAACUACAGGCUAAAAUUGCUAGAUUGACAAAGCGGUUUGGAGCAGCCAGGGAGGACUUGAAGAAAAGACAGGAAAAUUCAUCAAAUGCACCUCUGUCUCCAGGGAAAGCAGCAAGUGACACUGCAAACACAAACAAUGUGACAUAUCGAAAUGCUGGCACAGUGAGGCAGAUGCUGGAGUCAAAGAGGAAUACAGGAGAGAGCACACCAGCAACCUUUCAAGCCCCUGUGAAUGCAGUGCCCACUUCCAGUCUUGCUGCUCCUCCGACAGUUGUCAGUGGACAUCCUAAGCCUCAGACACCAGCGACCUCCACCAGCUCUUUGACAACAACAGUUCUCCCCACAGCUAACACAGCUACGGUUGUAGGCACUAACCAAGUGCCUAGUGGCAGCACUCAGUCAGUGUCUGUCUCAUUGCAGUCUUUGCCCGUAAUCUUGCAUGUACCUCUGGCAGUGUCAUCCCAGCCUCAGCUCCUGCAAGGCCACACAGGGACUUUGGUCACUAACCAACAGUCAGGCAAUGUUGAAUUUAUAUCUGUACAAAGCUCAUCUACAGUUGGUAGCCUUACCAAAACUACAGUGUCUUUGGCAUCAACUAACCCAACGAAACCAAAUAACAGCCCAUCUGUGCCCAGUCCUAGUGUUCAAAGGAACUCUCCAGCUAGUGCUGGGUCAGUAGGCACAACAUUGUCAGUACAGGCUGUUUCUACUGCACAUCCUGUUGCCCAGGCCACAAGGACUUCUUUGCCCACAGUGGGUACUUCAGGACUUUAUAAUGCUACCACCAGUCGAGCCCCCCUACAGAUGAAGAUUCCCCUCUCUGCUUUUAGUAGUACAGCUCCUAUUGAACCACCCGCCGUUACAGCGCCCAGAGUUGAAAACCAGACAAGCAGGCCACCAGCAGAUACUUCGGCAAACAAGCGAACUGCUGAGGGAACAACACAGAGCGGGAAGGUCACAGGAAGCGAUUCAGGAGGUGUCAUUGAUCUUACACUGGAUGAAGAGGAUGACGCCUCUUCUCAAGCUUGAGGGGAAAAGAAAUCACAGUAG